AUGGGUAAACAAGCUAUUGGUGCUAUAGCAUAUAAUCAAUUAAGAAGAAUUGAUAUAUUAUUGUUUAUUUAUUUACAGCAACUUAUGGUUAAAAUAAAAACCAUAGAGUUAGUGGAAUAUGAUAAAUUACCAGGUAUAAGGCAAAUUGCUAUAGUUGCAGUUAUGAGUUUUUUAAGUUAUGAUAUUGAAGAUGCUCUUAUGUUGAAUAAAACAUCAGUUAAAGAUUUUAAUAUAAUAGAUUCUGAUGGUAUAGCAGAAGUUAGAGUUAAAUCAAAAGUUUAG